AUGAUGCCGCGGCCCACACUUCGGGACAGUUUCAACCUGACAUAUCGCAAGAUUCCAGUCCUUGCGAUUGGCAGAGAGCUGUACUGUGACACCUCCUUGAUCUGUGAAGCACUCGAACACUUCUUUCCUCCUUCAGAAGGCUAUCAAUCAAUCUAUCCAGAGGCGCUAGACGGGAGGACCUAUCGACCACUGAUCAGAGGCUUCGCAUCUUACUGGACUGACAGGCCAAUCUUCCGCAUCAUGACUGGUCUUAUGCCUGCUAGCAUUUGGCGCAGUUCUUUUGGCACUGACAGAGCACAGCUCAUUGGACAUAAACUCGAUCCCGACAAGCUGGAAAAGAAGCUGCCUGAGAAUCUGACCAAGUACGACCAUCAAUUGUCUAUGCUUGAGCCAUUGUUUGCAGAGACCGAUGGCCCUUGGAUCUUUUCUACGCCAACGCCAUCCCUUGCAGAUAUCACUCUGUACUAUCAGUUCCGGUGGGGCAAUAAAAUCGCAAGCGGUGAAGGCGUCUACAGUCUCACCAUGAAAGAUGCUCGUGAUUCAAAGGAGAAUGGAAGUGCGCCUGUCUUUAAUCCUCAGAGGUAUCCUGGCAUUCAUGCUUGGUAUAAACGCAUGGAACGAUACUUUGACGAGCUACCGUUGACGGAAGAAGACAAGUCAAAUGACCUUGAGAGUGUGCUGGAACAAAUGAAAAAGGCACCGACACCUGGACCCAAGUCAAUGCUGUUGCCAACCCCAAGAUCCGUACACAAGGAAUUGAGUGAGAAGAUUGGCCUCAAAGAGGGAGCUAGGGUCUCAGUGACGCCCAGCGAUACAGGCAGAGCCGAUCCAACAAUCGGCACCUUAGUCGCACUCUCGCCGGAAGAAGUAGUUAUCAAGCCGAAGCAGCUUGAGAAGGCGGCUGCGGUGGACGUCAGAAUCCAUUUCCCCAGAACCGAGUUCGUAAUCAGGCCCGUCAAUGAAGCAAACUUGUGA